GGUUUCGACUACAGUUUCAAUCGGCGUUUAGUAAACAGGCCAAUAAAUGCUUUUAUUUCGUUAUCAAUGAUUUUUAUUUUUAAACGCUAUUAAACUGUAGCGUAACGGAUGUAUUUUUAAAUGGCGGGCUGUUGACUGCACUUACGGACAAACAUGGACAACCGUUGUUUUUGUUGUGCAUCAAAGUUCAGUCUUUUUAAGAAGGAGCUGGGCUGUAAGAACUGCGGUCGCUCCUUCUGCUCCAGCUGUUUGACUUUCACUGCUACCGUCCCUCGCUGGGGCGCCGCCCAACAGAAGGUGUGUAAACAGUGCCAUGGCAGUUUGACAAGUGGCGAGCCUCAAACCAGUGCUGGAAAAUGGUCUCCACCAGAAAACUACAAAAAACGUGUUGCUGCAUAUGAAGCCAAACAGCAGGGGCAGGCGACACAGAGCAAAGCAGGACAGAUGCCAGUGAAGGGUCUGAGUAAAGAAGACCAGGCCAUCGCUGCUAGACUUCAGAAGCUGAAAGAUGGAACCGCACCAAAGUCUAUCCCAUCCGAGAAAGAACUGGAGUCUCGCCUGGCUGCCCUGAAAACUCCCAGUCAGCCAGUGCCUUCCACAGAAGAGAUGGAGGAUCGUUUGGCAGCUCUGCGGGGUCUUUCUCCACCAUCUCAAGCCCCUAAACCUUUGCACCGACCUCCAGAUAACAGGAGUCAGACGGAACAGGCCAAUGAUCUGCUCAGUCAGAUGACAGAGGAAGUUGCUAUUGACGACCAACAUGAAAAUACAGAGUGCAAUGUUGAGGGUCACACGAACGAUCUUAACAAAGGAAGUGAUAAUGUAGAGGAGAACUUGGACACAGACAAGCAGCUGGAGUCUCAGAAAGACCACCUGCUGGAGGAGGCCAUCGAGCAGCUGAGGAGGGAGCAGAAUUCCCAGGACCAGACUUUACAAAUGGCUAGAAGGUUGGCUCAGUUGAAGGGACAGGAUCCUGACUCUGUCACCGCGGCAGAGUUCCAGCAUCCUGACAGUGAAGAGGAGACGGAGGAGGAAGCUGUGAGGAGAGUGUUGAAGCAGCUGUCUGAAGAAAGUACCCUGGAUGAGGCCAGUGGCUACAACAUCCCCGUAGAAGCACCAAGGAACGCAGCAAAGAACUCCAAGAAACUGAACUCGGCUCCAGCAGCCAAGAGCAGGAUUCCGGCGACUGCUGUGUCAAAUCAGGCGUCGGACAGUGACGAGGACGAACUCCCGUGGUGCUGCAUCUGUAACCAAGACGCCGCGCUCCGCUGCUACACCUGCGACGGCGACCUUUACUGCAACCGCUGCUUCAGGGAAGGCCAUGAUAAAUAUGACAGGAAGGAGCAUCGCACUACAAAUUACACAGCACCAAAGAAGAAGAGGAAGACAUGAUAAACAGUGUUGUUCACGUUUGCUUUAUCACACACUACGCAGUCAUUAUCCAUAGAGUUGUACUUAACCUUACGCGACCCUUCAUUGGUAAAAACGAAAUCUCCAAAGAUCCAAACAGCGCUUCUUUUUUUUUUUUAUCCACAGUGAUCCAGGACGACUCAUUAACCUCUAACUUAUCAUAUUGGAUCUUUGCACAGCUGCUGUAAUUAUGUCUGUGACAGGAAGACCGCCAUUUGGUCACGUGACUGCAAACCCCUGACCCGAGUGGAGAAACAACAUGGAGCUUAAAAAAUGAAGACAUAAAAUGUACAAUCAAUAAUAAUUAAUAAUAGAAUUAACGCGCAUUUCUUUUGUGUGUACGUGUAAAAAUAGAGUCGAGGAUAGAGGCUUCAACAGUUUCUAUUUUAGGACAAACUGCAGCUUCUGAAACAGCAAAGGCACAGUAAACCGUUUAAUUUGAGAUGGGGUUUUUUUUUUCUUGUCCUACUUCCUGAAGGCAAUAAAGAUUCACCUCAGAAUACCUUUGCAGUUGUAAGCUUUUAAUUUUGUUUGAGUAGAGGAUAAAUACAGCGUGAGUCUUGGUAGGAUAUUCAGUGUCAGACCUGUGGUGUGUAGGAGUCGGAGUAAAGGGUUCACUGAUGGAUGUGUUUAUCUUCUGUCAUCCACUGCAGUCUCCUUUCAUUAACACUGCGUCUGACUGUGACUCAAGUUUGUUGCCACUGCUAUUCGUAUGUGUAUAUCUAAAUUUAUCAGUAGAGAAAGAAAAAAAAAUCCAAGAAGUGUCUGAAAAUGAACACUAUCGUCAUAUAAAAUGAACCCCCUGAGUCUUGUUGUUAGCCCCCACCUGUUUCUGUCUUUUAUGUUUUAAUUGACUGAGACACUUUAGGUGGUCAUCUUAAAUAUAUCCAGUAGGUGGCAGUCAUACAACCUGAAGAGUUCAAAGACGCUGGUAGAGCAACAGAAAAACGAACAGGAGCGAAAUUAGUUUAGCAGGAUUAGCAUAGCUUUGCUAAACUACAGGGGAUUCACAAAUUAUUGUAAGGUGAGUCACCUGGCCAAUGUCGUCGCUGGUUGUGGGCUUUUGUCGACACCAACCCACUGACUCGUCCUCUGUGUGGGAGUUUCACAGCACUUUAGGAGCAGUUGUCAGUCACCUCUGUUCGAAACCAGC